CUGGAUAGUAAUAUUCUUCAAAAGAAAGAUGAGGAGGUCUUAAUGGUGAGUCAAACUGCUAUUUUAAAGUCUAAAGUUGUUGUUCCAGACAGGAUCAAGGGAUUUUCCCUUGAGAAAGUUGAAAAUGAAAAGUAUUCAGCUCAAAUUCAACGGACAUCUCACAAGCGGCCAUCUCAAGAUGAAAGUAGUAGCACCCGUAGUGAUCGUUGUUGGAAGCAGUUGAAACUACCUUGUGACACGCCAAACGAUGGUAGUUCACAUCCGAUAGAAAUUUCUGACAACAAUGCUAGUUCUUUAAAGACUUUGACAGCUAUUAAAGAGGCGAACGACGUUAGCAUGUUGGAGACUUCUUGUCAAAGCAAGCCACAAGAUAGUAAUGAAUCUGUAGAGGGGCCGACUUCAAGAAAAUCAAUUUCGUCACCCAAAUUAGGGCGAGAGGCUACUUUUGUCCCACAUGAAAGGACUACAUCCGUGUCCAUUUUUGAUGGAAAGUAAGUCAUCUCAGAGCUUCGAAUGAAUUUUGUCAAAGGAGCUUGGAAUAAGAUUCGUUCUAAGCUCGCUGAUCUCACUGCAGAACGUGUUUCUUCUCUUGAGGACGAGGUCCAAGUAAUUCUUAAGGAUGUAGAUGAAAUGGGUGUGGAUAUUUCUCCUUUGAAGAACUUAUUGGGAUCUCUCUUUGUACUUGCCACCUCCUACGACCAAGCACGAUCAUUCCUAUCUGAUAAAGCCUUGAAAAUUGAAGAAU